AUGCUGCUCCGGGCCGUUGCUCUUCUGCUGCUCCUUUAUGUGUCUGUUAGUGUGUGUGCCACUCUGGGUCACUACCAGUCCAUAACACAGCAAGAGGAGGUUGCUGUGGUGGAGCCACAAAACACUGCUGUAGAAGAAGUCACCAUAAACGAGGACCAUAACAACGAACUCUCUGAAGUAUUACUUGACAAAACUCCUGAACUAGUCAACGACACGGGAGAAAGUAGCCAAGAUGUGGAUGGACAGCAACAAAUUUCUCAGGAUGGAGAAGAGAUGGAGGAGAGAAAUGAUAUCGAGCCAGUUCAAACGGACAUUUCUGCAUUACUUGAAAAGAACAGCAGUAACCACUGGAGCCUCAUGUCAAUUAGAAACAGUUUCCAAACAGUGCACGGCUACUUUGACUCCCUGGUGGAGCUAGUGGGGGGCCACAAUGGCGUGUGUCAGUACCGUUGCAGAUAUGGAGAACUUCCUCAACCUCGUCCUGGCUACAAGCACCAAGAACCCAAUGGCUGCAGCUCAUCCAUGGUGGGAUUCCAGGUGGAUCUGGAUCUUGGCAUCCCUGCCAUGACUGAGUGCUGUAACCACCUUGACGUGUGCUACGACAACUGUGGCAUCAACAAGUAUGACUGUGACACCAAGUUCCGCUCUUGUCUGCAUAACAUUUGCUCUGACCUCAAGAGGAGUCUUGGUUUUGUGUCCAAAGUACAAGCUUGUGAGUCCGUAGCAGAUGCCUUGUACAACACAGUGUGGACACUUGGAUGCCGGCCUUACAUGAACAGCCAGAGGGCAGCAUGUGUGUGUGAGGGAGAGGAGCGGGAUGAACUGUGA